AUGUAUGUAUACUUCUUUUUUAAGGUUUCUGCGACUAAGACGGAAGACCUGCAAAAGGAAUUGGAGCAAUCACGUAUAAACUAUGUGAAAGAAAUUGAACAUUUGAAACUUGAAUUAUCAGCAGUACAUUCCAAACACGGUGAAGAGAAAGACAGUUUGCAAAAGGAAGUAGAAGAAGCAAUGAAAAAACAAUUACUGCUCUCAGAACAACUUAAACUUCAGAAUGACUCUGAAAAGGAUGUUAAAAAACUGCAAGAUGAGAUUCAGGAAAUUAGGUUGGCCUUUGAGGAGCAAAUAUUAUGUCUACAAAAGCAGUUAGAAGAUACCACUAAUGAAAAGAAACAAGAAAUUAGUAAUCUACAAAAAGUCAUUGAAGUUAAUUCUCAUGGUUACCAAAGAGAGAUGAAUAGUUUACAAGGAGACCUCUUACAGUUAAAAGCUAUACACCAAGAAGAAGUUCAAGACUUGUUGGGCCAAAUGGAAGCCUCUGCUAAGGAUCAUGAAGCAGAAGUAAAUAGGUUACAUCAGCUGAAGGAGAACUUGGCAAAAGAAUGUGAGGCAAAUGAGAAGAGCAUCCAGGAGAAGUACCAAUGUGAAUUAGAAAACUUAAGGAAAACCUCAAAUACAAACCAAGAAAAACAGGGGUGUUCUCUGCCCUUAUCGGAAGAAGAAGUGGCGAAUGAGAAGGUCAAACACUUAGAAGAUACCCUAAAAGAACUAGAAUCUCAACAUAGUAUCCUGAAAGAUGAAGUAACUUACAUGAAUAAUCUUAAAUUAAAACUUGAAAUGGACGCCCAGCAUACAAAGGAUGAGUUUUUCCAUGAACGUGAAGACUUAGAAUUUAAAAUUAAUGAACUAUUACUAGCUAGAGAAGAACAGGGCUGGCUAAUUGAAAAAUUAAAAUCUGACCUAGAAGAUUCAAAUAAACAGUUUGAUUGUGUUGCAGAACAACAUAACAAAGAAGUACAACAGCUGAGGGAACAACAUCAACGAGAAAUAACAGAACUGAAUGAGACAUUUUUGUCAGGCUCGGAAAAAGAAAGAUUAGCAUUAAUGUUUGAAAUACAGGGUCUUAAGGACCAAUGUGAAACUCUACAGCAAGAAAAGCAAGAUGCCAUCUUAAAUUAUGAGAGUUUGCGAGAGAUUAUGGAAAUUUUACAAACAGAACUAGGGGAGUCUGCUGGAAAAAUAAGUCAAGAGUUUGAGUCGAUGAAGCAGCAGCAAGCAUCCGAUGUUCACGAGCUGCAGCAGAAGCUUAGAAGUGCUUUCAAUGAAAAAGAUGCUCUUCUUGAAACUGUGAAUUGUCUCCAGGGGGAAAGGGAAAAAUUAUUGUUUCAACAAAAAUUAGUGCCAGAACUUGAAGAAACCAUAAAGAACCUUCAAGAAAAGAAUGAAGAGUAUUUAAGUAGUCUCAAUCAGAGAGACACCAUGCUACAAGAAUUGGAAACAAAAUUAAGUUUUCUGACUGAAGAAAAAGAUGGUUUCAUAAAUAAAAUGAAAAAUUCUCAUGAAGAGAUGGAUAAUCUCUAUAAAGAAUGUAAACAGGAGGAAGGCCUGAUUACAGAACUUAGAGAGAAAUUGGAGCAAACUACCCAGUCCAACACUGAACUAAAACAAAAAGUAAAUGAAUUAACAAAAGACCUAGAAGAGACUUUCAAAGAAAAAUACCGAAAUGACCAAAAACUAGAAGAGCUUACAGUUCAAAUGAAAACUCUCCGUGAAGACCAGGCAACGUUGUCAUCUGAAGUGAGAUCCCUUUAUGAGGAAAAUGAAAGACUGAGUUCAGAAAAGAGCCAGUUGAGUAGCGAUAUGGAAGCUCUUCUGUCACAAAAAGAAUCGGGUGAUAGUCUUAAAGAACAGGCUGCCGACUUGGAAAAUAAAUUUCAGUUAAUAGUUAAAGAGAGAGAUCAUUUAAGUAAACUUUUUGAAAAUGAGCAACUUCAGAAAUUAUCUAUCCAAACUCAGUUAUGUGGUUUUCUUGAACAAAUGGGGUCAAAACGUUCUGAGGAACAUGCAGAGCAAGAUGUUAUGAAUGUCCUACAAGCAAUAGGUACAUCCUUAACAGCAAUGAAUGAGGAAAAACACAACUUAGUUUCUCAGUAUGAUGAAAGGGUGUUAAAAUUGGAAAACGAGAUUAAGUGCACUCGAGCAGAACACGAAGUUCAGUGUGAGGAACUCCGGUCUUUACUACUAGACUAUGACCAAGAGAAAGUACUACUAAAGAAAGAGCUGGGAGAAACCUUGUCAGAAAAAGAGGCCCUGCAGUCGGAUCUUCUCGAAAUGAAGAACGCUAAUGAAAACACAAGACUUGAAAACCAGGAUCUCUUAAAUAAAAUUGAAGAAGCAUCACAGCAGUUGUUAAAUAGGAAAAACGAGAUUUUUGAUGAAAAGGAAAGUUCCUAUAUAAAGGAGCAGGAAAACCUAACGCUGUUGUUAGAACAAAAAGAAUCUGAAUUGCAAGGUCUAAGAUCAGAGUUGGCAUUAUUGAAGGAUUCCUUAGAGAAAUCAUCCUCUGUAAAAAUGGAUCAAACCUCUUCAAUCAAAGAACUAGAAGAAAAAAUAGAAAAUCUAGAGAAAGAAUCCAAAGACAAAGAAGAGAAAAUAAAUAAGAUAAAGCUAGUUGCUGUGAAGGCAAAGAAAGAACUUGAUUCCAGCAGAAAAGAGGCCCAGACGCUAAGGGAAGAGCUUGACUCGGUGCGAUCAGAAAAGGAUCAGUUGUCCACUUCCAUGAAAGAUCUCAUUCAAGGUGCAGAAAGCUAUAAGAAUCUUUUAUUAGAAUAUGACAAGCAAGCAGAGCUAUUGGAUGUUGAAAAAGAACGUGCUAAUAAUUUUGAGCAUCAUAUAGAAGACCUUACAAAACAAUUAAAGAAUUCAACUGUUCAGUGUGAAAAAUUAAAUUCUGAUAAUGAAGAUCUCCUGGCUCGUAUUGAGACACUGCAGAAUAAUGCCAAGUUGCUAGAAGUACAAAUUUUAGAAGUCCAAAGAGCCAAAGCACUGAUGGAAAAAGAGCUAGAGGCUGAGAAACUUCAGAGAGAACAGAAGAUGAAGGAACAUGCCAGUACUCUAAGUGAACUUGAAGAACUUCAGCUGCACCUUCAAAAGGAAAAGAAACAGCUUCAGAAAACCAUGCAAGAAUUAGAGCUUGUUAGAAAGGAUGCUCAACAAACCACAUUGAUGAAUAUGGAAAUAGCUGAUUAUGAACGUUUGAUGAAAGAACUAAAUCAAAAGUUAACUAAUAAAAACAGCAAGAUUGAAGAUUUAGAGCAAGAAAUAAAAAUUCAGAAGCAGAAACAAGAAACCCUACAAGAAGAAAUGACUUCACUGCAGUCGUCAGUACAACAAUAUGAAGAAAAAAACACCAAAAUCAAGCAAGUGCUGGUGAAAACCAAAAAAGAAUUGGCAGAUUCAAAACAAGCAGAAACUGAUCACUUAAUGCUUCAACAGACUUUGAAGAGUGAGUUGGAGGCAAGCCAGCAGCAAGUUGAAGUGUAUAAAAUUCAGUUGGCAGAAGUGACAUCUGAGAAACACAAACUUCACGAGCACCUGAAGACCUCUGCAGAGCAGCACCAGCGCACCCUGGGUGCGUACCAACAGAAGGUCACGGCUUUGCGAGAAGAGUGUCACACCGCCAAGGCAGAACAAGCAGCUAUAACGUCCGAUUUUGAAAACUACAAAGUCAGAGUUCAUAACGUGCUAAAGCAACAGAAAAACAAAUCGGUGUCUCAGGCUGAAUCUGAGGGAGCUAAACAAGAAAGGGAGCACCUGGAAAUGCUGAUUGACCAACUAAAAAUCAAAUUGCAAGAUACUCAGAGUAAUUUACAGAUGAAUGUGUCUGAACUUCAAGCAUUGCAGUCUGAACACGAUACCCUGCUGGAAAGGCACAACAAGAUGCUGCAGGAAACCGUUUCCAAAGAGGCAGAGCUCCGGGAAAAGUUGUGUUCAGAACAAUCAGAGAACAUGACAUUGAAGUCUGAACAUGUACACACUGUGAAUCAGCUCACGUCCCAGAACGAGGUCCUUCGCAGCAGUUGGCGGGACCAGGUGCGACAUUUGCAGGAGGAGCACAGAAAGACCACAGAGACUCUGCAGCAGCAGCUCUCCAAGGUGGAAGCACAGCUUUUCCAGCUCAAGAGUGAGCCUACCACAAGAAGCCCAGCCUCUUCACACCAACCUUUGAAGAACCUUCGAGAAAGGAGAAACACAGACCUUCCCCUUCUGGACAUGAAUGCUGUAACCAGGGAGGAAGGAGAAGGAAUGGAGACAACUGACAUUGAGUCUCUAUCUUCCAGCAGCACUUACACACAAUCUUUAGAGCAGCUACUUAAUUCUCCUGAAACGAAACUUGAGCCUCCUCUGUGGCAUGCUGAAUUUACCAAAGAAGAGUUGGUUCAGAAACUCGCCUCUACCACCAAAAGUACUGAUCAUCUAAACGGGCUGCUUCGAGAGACAGAAGCUACCAAUGCAAUUCUCAUGGAGCAAAUUAAGCUUCUCAAAAGUGAAAUAAGAAGAUUGGAAAGAAAUCAAGAACGAGAAAAGUCUGUCGCUAACCUGGAAUACUUGAAGAAUGUCUUGCUGCAGUUCAUCUUUCUAAAACCAGGUAGUGAGAGAGAACGGCUUCUUCCUGUUAUUGAUACAAUGUUGCAGCUCAGUCCGGAAGAAAAAGGGAAACUGGUUGUAAUUGCUCAAGGCGAGGAAGAAAAUGCUUCCCGUUCCUCAGGAUGGGCAUCUUAUCUGCAUAGUUGGUCUGGACUUCGAUAGAGUGGUGGAAAGAAAAUGUUUCAGUUGUUAACCAAAUAGAGUCCAUUUGGCAAAAAGUGAUUCAAGUAUAUUGCUGUCAUCCUUUUGUCAAAGAGUGUGUGUAUAUAUUUACAUCUACGUAUAUUUGUGUGUACAUAUGACAGAUGUAUUAAAAGGUCUCGGCGUGCAGAACAGUUGGGAAUGUUGAUACCAGUCCACUGUCCUUUGGUUCAGUGGCACAGAGACCAGCAUUUCUGUCAUCUUCCCUGCUCCUUGCCAGAAUUAAAACAUGAAGAAUGAAUUCACUCCCCUUUCCUCUCUGAAACCUCAGGACCCGCCUCUUUCUUGGCAGUACUGUGAAUUUUAAAGUUGAACUAAAUUUCAAUAAUGUAACUGGAACUUAGUCAAAUAACAUGACAACUUUUUAUUACACAAUCAGAUUGCUAUCAGUUAUAAAUUGCUAGAUGAGAUUUGAUGUUGGGAUAUGAAGGAGAAUGCUUUAUUGAUAAGUUGAUCAUUCUGAGUAUUAAGGGACUAUAAAUACACUGCAGUUGAUAAUGGGCUAAAUUAAAAUAAAAUUUUAGUUGUUGCUUUACAAUGACGUUUAAAAAAAAUACAAACUGUUCUUUUUUUCUUCCAAAAUCAAAACUGAUUUUCAGAAGCCCUUGUAUUUGGCUGGUAUAACAGCUGGAGAGGCGAGGCCAUUGGGUUGUCUCGGGGGUAGUUUCUUGGGGUCUUUCCCAACUCUUGGGAUAAUGUACUACUUGAGUACCAGAAAUGUGUGGGGAAUUUCAUCCCCUAAAUGAAAGCCUAUCAAAACAGUGACUGCUAUUCUGAGCUUGGUACCUAAGAGUGAAAGUAGCUCUCCCUGUGCUUAGAACAUGUUGUUCCACAAGCUUUCCAUCAGUGGAUCUCAAAAAGAGAUUUAUGGGUAAACCAGUGCUCCACCUUCACAGUUCUCAUCAACAACCAUAAAUGCUGGUACUGCUGCUCUGUGACGCCUCUGAAUAUAUCUUAUUGACAAGAUCAAAAUUGUGUCUUAACUCGUAAAUUAGAGCAUUCUAUUUUAAUAUUGAUUUCACACGAAAGCACCAUGCAGUAUGCGCUGUGAGGUUCUCCAAAGCCUUCCAGUUUAUGCUCUGAUUUGUCAUUCUCAGAGAACUAACUUUGCACUUCGGUUACUCCGAACGUUGACUUCCAGUUUAACAAAACCUUGCUGCUGACAUGUUGAGUUUGUUCUUUAAAAAAAUAUGUUCCACUAAAUGUCGUUUCCUCCCAUUUUAGAAGAACAAACCUAACUAGUGAAUGUCAUACUGAAAAUGUAUCGAUUUUCAAAGCUGACAUUUAAACUGUUUAGUUUUUCUUACUUUAUAAACUGUGAAUAUGAGUAUGCCCGCAGCAUACACUGUAACUUUAAUAGUAUUUAAAUAAACUUCACUUUCUCUGAGUCUGGGCUUUUUGAAGUCUAUAGAAACUUGUUUUGAAAUAUAGUCUUUGCCAAUGAAUGUAAUCAUAAAAAUACCUUUUGCAUGAUGUAAACUUACUUUAAUUACAUAAAAACAUAUUCUUCCAUGGUUUCUGCAAUGAGAGGAAAUGUCAUGAUUAUUUUAAUAUUACUAUUAAAUAUGUUUCACCGUA